GGACAAGCGCCCUAUUGCAGGGUAGUUCAACCUUUCCUGCUAUGCAAUCCAACACUACUUGUGGUGCUGAGUCUAUUGCACAACCUUCUCUUUCUAUCAAACAUGUGCCCCUGGCUGCUGUUGCGUCCCUAGUUGAGGAGAAACCUCUAGCUCCACAUGAAAACCUAAAUCCAAAUGAUCUUCAGAGAAAGACGAAAGCGCUGCUGGAUGAAUAUUUCAAUGUCAGGCUGCUGGAUGAAGCUUUGUUGUGUGUGGAGGAACUAAAAUCUCAAUCUUACCAUCCUGAGGUUGUGAAAGAAGCCAUUUCCAUUGCCUUGGACAAAAGCUCACCUUGUGUUGAGCCGGUUUCGAAACUUCUCGAACACAUGUUGAUUAAGAAACUUUUUACCCCUAGAGACAUCGGAACUGGAUGCCUCCUCUAUGAUGCCUUGUUGGAUGAUGUUUCCAUCGACUUACCGAAAGCACCAAACAAUUUUGGAGAAAUAAUUGGGAGACUAGUGUUGGCUGGGGGGUUAGAUUUUAAGCAGGUGAAGGAAAUACUCAAGAAGAUGGAGGAUGACAUGUACCAGAAAGCCAUGUUUGAUGCUGCAAUGAGGAUUGUUAGCUCGAAUCCUUCUGGGCAAGGUCUGCUCGAUUCUUCGGCUUUCGAGGUUGAGGCCUGUCGGAGCCUAUUCUAAAUUCUGCAUGCUACUUUAAAUGUUUUGUGUCCGCAAGAACUUGUAUUAUUGGAUAAAGUGCAGCUGCCGAGGACAGGUACAAUUUUAUUGAGACGUAUAUUUCAACAGGGCAUUCAGCGGUGUGUUUAUUGAGA